AUGUCAUUCUUUCAAAGUUUACACUUGAAUAACAACGGCAACGGGGCCGCGCACACUAUUAAAUCUACCCGAGGAUUUAGACCAAGAGACACAACAAGCUCAGAUGCCUCCCAAUACCAGAAUCCACACAAGGAAAUACGCGAAUACGCUGAAUCGACGCUGGGCUCAGACUCGGCUCUUGCUCAGGCGGUCAAGCUCCCCAAAGACGAAGAUUUAAACGAAUGGCUGGCAGUCCACAUUGUUGACUUCUAUAAUCAGAUCAACAUGCUGUACGGAACCAUAACCGAGUUUUGCUCCCCAACCACGUGUCCGCGGAUGACUGCUACUGCUCAGUACGAAUACCUAUGGCAAGACCCCACUAUGAGGAAUUCCUCUGGAGGCGCCAACAAACAGCCGAUUUCCAUGAGCGCACCAGGCUACGUUGAUGCUCUCAUGGUUUGGAUCCAAGGUUUUUUUGACGAUGAUAUGAUUUUCCCUACGAAGAUGGGUGUUCCGUUCCCUCCUCAGUUCCAGACUUUGGUCAAGACAAUAGUCAAGAGACUGUUCCGUGUAUAUGCCCAUGUCUACUGCCAUCAUUUCGACGAAGUUACUGAAUUAGGCCUCCAGGUGCAUCUGAACACCUCUUUGAAGCAUUUUGUGCUCUUUGCGAAAGAGUUCAAUCUGAUCAACAAACAGGAUUUCGGGCCUUUGGAUGAGUUGGUGACGACGAUGCUGGCCGAGAAGAAGUGA